AUCCUUCUUUUUAUCAUUCACAGGUACUGGAGAAACCUUUGUUAUUGUGUCUGCGUUCAAGCCGUUGAUGGACUAUUUUCCUGAUAGCUUUGCUACCGCGAAUGGCGUCGCACUUGCAGCAGGCACCCUCGGUAUGAUGGUAAUCCCGCCCUUCGCCGAAUGGUUGGUUGCGUUGUACACAUGGAGGGGUGCCCUUUUUCUCCUGGGUGCUGUUACCUUCAAUAUUUGCGUCCUUGGUGCUCUCCUCAGAACCUAUAAAGCAUCGUUUCACUCCAAAACGGGUUAUCGGCAGGCUCCACACAAAGAUGACAUGGACGCUGACGAGGCAACGGAAAACACUGAUGGUGUACCAGGAGCGAUUGGUGGGAAGUGUAAGGCGCUCUGCCGUACUCUGUUAGAUCGUUUUGACCCUAAGUUGUUUGUAACUGAGCCCCGAUUUUCCUUGUUCCAAGUACCGUCUUUCCUCGCGGGCGCGGUCUUCUCUGGUUGGCAGCUCUUUCUCGUUCCGCAUGCGGUGGCCUUGGGCUACGGCAAUCAAAAAUCCUCGUUCCUGUCAACCUUUGCUGGGUUGGGUUCGCUUCUUGGACGUUUGACGAGUGGCUUCCUGACUGACCACCGACUCAUCAAACCCAUGGACCUGUUUAGUCUAGCAUGUCUCCUGUGCGGCGUGUCGUGCAUGAUCGACCUUCUAGCCGUGUCUUCUUUCACUGCCCUGAGUGGUCUAGCCACCUUGACAGGACUUGCCAUUGGUUACACCUAUCCUCUCACGUUCGCAGUAACACAUGACCUCAUAGCUGAAGAGCGACGGAUGGCGGCCUUCGGUUGGCAGUACCUAUCUUUGGGUGCUGGACAGAUUUUUGGCGGGGCUGUUUCGGGUUGGACGUACGACAUGACCAACAAUUACGAGGUCGUGUUUCUGAUGUACGGAGGCUUGUCCUUUGCUGUGGUACCGUUCAUGCUGGCAAUAAGAUUUACUGAAUGGCUGUGUCCGACUUCUUGAACUUAUCACCGUGGUUCAACUGAAGCGCCCUCUUUCUUUUUGGCCUACCUUGGGGUCAUGCUCAUACCGAUCUCCUAAGUUAUAUAUAGCGCCAUAUUCAUGUCUGUAGGCCGCAUUUUAUAGAUGACUAUAUGUAUAAAAUAAGACAAAACCCUGGGCAAAAAUAAAACCAAGUAAUAUCCGCUCCGAGCGGAACAAAAGAGGGCGUGUUUUUGGUACGCACCGCCACAUUAAGGCGUGCAAGCAUAUACAUGUUAGACGCGGAGCAAGCUGAGUUCGCGGAACUAAUUUACUCCGGCAUGUAUGCAGUUUGUGU